CUGAAAACGUAUUGUUUUGCCAGUCACUAUGUCCUCACUCUGCUGGCAGAUGGAUACAAGUUUGAUGAGGAGACUUGGAAAAACAUUCACUUUGAAAAAGAGAUAAAGGAAACAAACAUAGGCUGGAGUCUAGGCUACAUGCUGAAGAUGUCCAACAUGAUCCCGUCUGAAGUCAAAGAAAUCCACCCAAUGACAAACCCAGUCUUUGCCGGCCUCGUCUUUUUAUUUUCAGCUCUAAUAAUUAUAACGCUAGUCUUAGGGUUUAUCGUUCUCAUUCGUGCUUGCUACUGAUAAUGUGAGUGUCAAAGACAAUUACGAAAAGCUUAGGGGGAUAUUUUGUACAUUUCUGGAAUGUGCUCCUGUAGCCUGUGCUGAGGCAUGUGUGUUGAAAGUUACUAAGCAAAGUGUGGUGUUUUUUUUCUUAGCUCAUGCCUCUGAAGCAAGUUUCACAAGGAAACCAUGUGCACUCAAGUUUAUGGUUAAACAUUUGAUUUUCCAACUUUUAAUACAACCAAGGCUUGCAAAUAAGGUAAAUCACUCCCAAUGUAAAUGAGCAACCUAAAGUGAGGGAUUGUGACUAUUGCUGGUCUACUUUCAUUUCAAACCUCUAAUACAUAUUAUGGUUGAACCUUGAACUUUGGGACCAACCUUCUGAUGUCAGAUGAAAAUCAGCUGUUACAGAAUGUCGGUUCUUCAUUAUUUUGUACCUCACGUGAGCAUAUAGAUUUGCCAGAUGUUAUUUUUAAUAAGCAUCCAAAAAAAGAAAAAAAAAUCAACAACUUGUUUUUUUAGUUUGCUUGGUCAUUAUUUUUAUUUAUUUUUUUGGAAAUAUCCAAAUUGUUGUGGGAGUUACAUUGGGGAUGCUAAGGGAUAAUAAAAGAACUCUGCAUUUGUCACAUCUUGUGAUGAUGAGGCAGCACCAUGUAUAUUCCAGUUUUUAGCUCACAGAUGAUCCAUGUUAAGCAGACAUAUUAGUGUGUCCUGCCAUCCUUAAAAUAAGUUCUAAGUAGGAAAGGAUGAAGGGGCCAGCUGACACAGAGCUGCACUUUCUAGUAAAAACAAUGCAGUGCUCAUAUCUGGCUCACGUAUGAGCAUGUUAUCCAGUACAUUUGUUUACAAUCGCUUCAUUCAGUCUUAAUGUAAUAAAUUAUGAAGUACAAUAAUGAUUUUCAGCCCAUACUGUGAGACCUGUAUUCAUUAAGGACAUAAUAAUACCAUCUGGUUCCUUACUUUGAACAUGUUUGAACACGCACACAUGUUAACCAAAUUAUACAUUCCAUAUUAGCCUUCUCUGUUACAGCAUGAGGUUACAAUUACCUUUACUUCUAGCAAAUGUAUUUUUCGGUUUAAGAUUAUACUCAAUUUUUAAUGUGCUGUUUCAAUCAUUUCAUUACAGCAAUCACUCUUCAUUAACUCCUGCUUGAUUGUUAUCUUUUUGCAAUACGCGCGGUGCUUUUACUGCUCACAUUUCUGCACACAUGCUCAGAGAGCGCACCCAGCUAUUUGUUAAUACUACAAUCCAUUCUUAAUUCAUUGAUGAUAAUGGAAUUUUGUUCUAAAUGGAAGUUAUACUCUUCUUAAUUAGUUGAUCGUACACAAAAUCACAUUAAUUCUAUUUAUAUUACUGGUUAUAAUCAAUAAUAAUUAUUACUAAUGCUUCAGGUCUCAUUGUGCAAGAUGACAGAUGAGAUAAUUGAUGCAAUUCAUUGCUGAGACUCCUUGUUAGCAAUACACUACUUUAAAUUUAGUAUUUUUGUGGUCAGCUAUGUUUUCGUGAUCUCUACAUGGAAAUAUAGAAAGGUCUCUCCCCAACUUGACACCAUUUUACGCUGUAUUAUUAUUUGACGUGGAAGAUUUGUUAACAGUAACAUAAAAGACAAACAACCUUCAAAUAAAACUAAUAGCUGGAGAUUAUCGAAAGAUAUCUGAAUAUGUCAAGUCAUAUAUUCAGAGUUCAUUGAGGCAAAGUGACUGUAGUGCCUUAAUGUUCUUGGAGGUGUUUAAUUUCUCAUUUUAAAGAGUUAGAGUUUGCACAAGAGUUAUAACAUUAAAGUGGAAACACAAACAUACAAUUUGAAAGGUUUUACACAGGAGAGGCAAGUUUCAGGACAACUAUCAAGUUAAUUGUAUUAUUUAACUUUUUUUAAGGACUUUUGAAGUUUUAGUUAAAGCAGCAAAUUACAAGGUUUUUCAAAUCAGUAUACAUAACUUGGUAUGUAUCGAAGCUCAAAAACUCGGCUAUGUCUCUUGAGAGAUUAGGAUUCAUCACUGAAUGUCUGGGUCAUGUGACCCAGAGCGCCGCUUUACAUUAGUUUGACUUCCCCUUAAACACGAGAGCUUCAACUUUCCUCAUCCUCGAGUCAAAGUUUGUCAUGGCCGAAAGAAGCAAAAACAGGAAACCUUUGUCUGAGGAGGCCAAAAAGAAGAAGUGAGACAGGGGUAGUUCCACAAGAGUGGAUUUUGCAAUAUAAUUUGCUCAUAGGUGUCUGAUGAAAGAGCAAUCAGGAUGCAAGUCCCAUUCUCUUUUUCUAUUUUUAUUAUUAGACUGGUAAGUUAUCGUCUUGCCUGUUCUAUACAGAAUAAAUCUGAGGCUAUAUUUUUCAGUUUUGUGGGAGCUAAAUGCUAAGCUACCAGGUAACACAACAUACUAACGCAACAUCUCAAUCUGCUGGAUCAAAGUGGUCUGCUAUCAGAUUCCAAAACAUGGAGGGAGACUGUUUAAUUUUGCAACAGUGCAGUGUUGCCAGUGGCCUUCAAGGGCGCUAAACCUGAAAGUUACAAGUAUAACGCCACUAUUGGUUAAAAGUUACACGGUUCUGCUUUAAUUGUGUUCAAUUGUGUGUCCAAUGUUUUCAGUUAUAUGGAAAUGUUUUUUUUUUUUUUUUUAAUAAGAAAGCAAUGUCUAAGCAUUCAACAGAAAGAACAAAUUAAGUGAUUUAAUUGGCUGUUCUGAAUACAUCACAUUCUAAUAUCUUAGGAUAAUUCUGACUGCACCUGAUAGUGAUGCAUGUUUUUUUUUUUCAUUACAUUGCACUGCCACACUGUUUUAUGCUAUGAUAACUAAUAUCACUGUAUAAUAAACAUGUCAUCUGACUGCA